GUCCGGGGCGGGGCUUUGGCGUGGGCGGGGCUUCCUCGAGUUCCGGAGUCCAGUCGCUUCCCUUGGCCAGAGUGGAGAUGCAGCCGCCGCCCCGAAAAGUGAAGCCGGCCCAGGAGGUGAAGCUUCGCUUCUUGGAGCAGCUGAGCAUCCUUCAGACCCGGCAGCAGAGGGAGGCGGAUCUGCUGGAGGACAUCAGGUCCUACAGCAAGCAGAGGGCAGCCAUUGAACGAGAAUAUGGACAGGCACUUCAGAAACUGGCAGGGCCAUUCCUGAAGAGAGAAGGGCACCGGAGUGGGGAGAUGGACAGCAGGAUGGUGUUUGGUGCCUGGCGCUGCCUGCUGGAUGCCACCGUGGCUGGGGGCCAAGCCCGGCUCCAGGCAUCUGACCGAUACCGUGACCUGGCAGGGGGCACAGGGCGGAGUGCCAAGGAGCAGGUGCUCAGGAAGGGAGCAGAGAACCUCCAGAGGGCGCAAGCAGAGGUGCUGCAGUCUGUCCGGGAGCUGAGCCGAAGUCGGAAGCUGUAUGGGCAGCGGGAACGUGUGUGGGCCUUGGCACAGGAGAAGGCGGCUGAUGUCCAGGCUAGACUGAACCGAAGUGACCACGGGCUCUUCCACACUCGGACCAGUCUCCAGAAACUCAGCACCAAGCUCUCUGCCCAAUCAGCCCAGUACUCCCAGCAGCUGAGAGCAGCCCGAAAUGAGUACCUGCUCAACUUGGUGGCCACCAAUGCCCACCUUGACCACUACUACCAGGAGGAGUUGCCAGCCCUGCUCAAGGCCCUGGUCAGCGAGCUGUUGGAACACUUGAGGGACCCCUUGACCUUGCUAAGCCGCACUGAGCUGGAAGCUGCAGAGAUGGCCCUGGAGCAUGCCCGCCGUGGAGGGCAGGCAACCUCCCAGGUAAGCUGGGAGGAGGAUCUGAAGCUCUUUCUUCAGGAACCUGGAGUAUUUUCCCCCACACCACCUCAGGAGUUUCAGCCUGCAGGGACUGAUCAGGUUUGCACCCUGGAGCUGGAGGGGGAUGCAGGAGGCAUGGCGGGGGACCGUAGCCUGGAGAAAGAGGUUCAGCGCUGGACGAGCCGAGCUGCCCGAGACUACAAGAUCCAGAACCAUGGGCAUCGGGUGCUGCAGCGGCUGGAGCAGAGGCGACAGCAGGCUCCAGGGCGGGAGGCGCCAGGUCUAGAACAGCGGCUGCAGGAAGUGAGGGAGAGCAUCCGGCGGGCACAGGUGAGCCAGGUGAAGGGGGCUGCCCGGCUGGCCCUGCUCCAAGGAGCUGGCCUGGAUGUGCAGCGCUGGCUGAAGCCAGCCAUGACCCAGGCGCAGGAUGAGGUAGAGCAGGAGCGACGGCUCAGUGAGGCCCGGCUGUCCCAGAGGGACCUCUCUCCCACGGCUGAGGAUGCUGAGCUCUCUGACUUUGAGGAAUGUGAGGAGACAGGGGAGCUCUUUGAGGAACCUGCCCCUGUAGCCUUGGCCACCAGGCCCCUCCCCUGCCCAGCACAUGUGGUGUUCAGCUAUCAGGCAGGGCAUGAGGAUGAGCUGACCAUCACAGAGGGCGAGUGGCUGGAGGUCAUAGAAGAGGGAGAUGCUGAUGAAUGGGUCAAGGCUCGAAACCAGCACGGCAAGGUAGGCUUUGUCCCUGAGCGGUAUCUCAACUUCCCGGACCUCUCCUUCCCUGAGAGUGGCCACGACAGUGACAAUCCCUCAGGAGUAGAGCCCACAGCCUUCCUGGCCCGUGCCCUAUACAGCUACACAGGACAGAGUGCGGAGGAGCUGAGCUUUCCAGAGGGGGCGCUUAUCCGCCUGCUGCCCCGGGCCCAGGAUGGAGUGGAUGAUGGCUUCUGGAGAGGAGAAUUCGGGGGCCAUGUGGGGGUUUUCCCCUCCCUGUUAGUGGAGGAGCUGCUUGGUCCCCCAGAACCCCCUGAACUCUCAGACCCUGAACAGAUGCUGCCAUCCCCUUCUCCUCCUAGCUUCUCACCUCCUGUGCCCACCUCUGCCGUGGAGGGAGCCCCUGCACCUGCAUUGCCUGUGGACCGAGAUCUGGACUGCCCUGGACCCCUGGACAUGAUGAUACCUCGACUCAGGCCGAUGCGUCCACCACCUCCCCCACCAGCUAAAGCCCCAGAUCCUGGCCACCCAGAUUCUCUCACCUGAAGCCAGGGGGAUUGCUGUCCCCCAGUGAUGCUGCUGUCCCUAUACCCAAGAUGUCAGAGAACAACCCCUCUAUGAUCUGGAGUAAUAACACAGCCAAAAGCUGGAGUUUCCCCCAUUUCCACUCUUACCUCCAGGGGUAGAAACUUUCCCUCUCCCUAUUUCCAGAGCUGGAACUCACUCCUUUCCCCUCAUCAUAAUUCUACUAUCUCUAGGGCUGGAACUAUCCCUCUUUCUUCUGCCACCACCCCAUCUCUAGGGUGGUAAAAUGGAUUGUGAAAUCUCUGGGGCUGGAACCCAUCUUCCAAAGUCUUGAGUGGCUCCAGCCCAUCUGUGUCUCCACCCUGACUCUGUGACGCAGUCCACUGGGUCUGUGACCCAUG